GUUCAGCAGCUUGCGUUUUGUUCUUCCGUGUUGACAUAAAAAGUUGCAAUUGUUCGUGGUGACCCUGUUGGAAUAAUCAUGUAUUGAGUUUCGAAAAGCAUAGAGAAAGAUAUACAAACUCAACAUACUACAACUACCGGAAUAAAGCAGAAAGAUGGGAUUCAAAAGGAUAGGUAGAGGAAACAAUCUUUCGGGGAUUUUUCAUCUAUCGGUUGCGACAGUGGUGGUUGCUAUCCUUCGAAGCAAUUCGAAUGGUACACCCUCAGUUUUUUGCAGCGCGUGGGUUUCGACAUCGUCGUCCAGUACCAACGGUGGAACGUGCUCCUCUUCUACAUUUUCUGCUUUGAACAAUGGUGCCACCGCUCGAUCGCCAAGCGGUCGAAUAUCCGACAAAAUAGGUGAUAGAAGAUACUGGAUGAUAUUGAACGCCGUGGUGGACGACAGCAGACAGGGAGGAAACGACACUUUGUCGACCUCUACAACCACAAAAUCUCAAGGGGGUAGGAAGUCAUCAACGAUAUCAACAUCGAAAAUAAAGAAAACCAAUCGGAUAUAUAUCAACGUAGAUCGUUGGAAUUCCAUGUUUGAACGAUUAAAAGAAUACAAGAAGACAUACGGCAACACGAACGUCCCAAAGAAGUACAACGAUGGCGGGACUCCCGCCCUCGGAAAUUGGGUCAGCAAACAGCGCUUUGAAGCAUUGGUUUAUCAAAAUACAAAGGGAGAGGAGGGACAAAUCACUCCGGAACGAAUCUCGAAGCUGGAAUCGAUUGGAUUUGUAUGGGAACUUGGAAGACAAGAUGAAUGGGAAGAAAAGUGGCUAAGCAUGUUUUCAGAACUGGAGGAGUUUCAGAAAAAAUACUGGAGCACAAAAGUCCCUAUACUCAACAACAAGGAAUUGAAUUUUAAAAGCGGCAGCGGCCUAGAGGACCCGAUGUCCAGCCUCGGUCGGUGGGUCAAGACGCAACGGAUACAACGGAACAAGUUGUUGAGAAAUGAAGCAGCACCUGCCAUGACGAAGGAACGCCUGGAAAUGCUUGAGUCAAUCGAUUUUGCCUGGAGUGGAAAGCAAGCUUCAGAUUACGAUAAGUGGCUGAAUAUGUAUUUCAAGCUUAUGUUUUAUUACCAGCGGCACGGCACGACGGUCGUUAGCGAUUCGCAGGGCAGCAGUCGCUUGCUUAAGUGGACGGAAGAGCAACGGCGCUUUUACCGAGACCUUAUGACCACUAAUAGUACAAUGAGUGCUUCUAAGACUGGUGCUGCGGCUACCAUCUUGAACACGCUUACGGAGCAUAGAAUCAAUUUGCUGAACGAUAUUAAUUUUGAUUGGUCUCAUUGCCACGAAGAUAGGACCUGGGACGAUAUGUUCAACGAGCUCGUGGAAUACUACGUAAAUUUCAAUUCCACAUUGAUUUCAACAAGUAUCAAUGAACGCCUUGGCAAAUGGACCAUCCUGCAGCGCGAUAAAUAUAACGCGGGCUCAAAAGAUUUGGAUCGCCAAAAAAUUACAAAACUGAACACAAUCAAUUUCGAUUGGAACGCAACCGAAGACGUUAACUGGAACGCUAUGAUGUACCGGUUAGAGGCAUAUAAACGCAAAUAUGAUACCACCAUUGUUCCAAACCAUGACGGUGGAGACAGACCUCUGGCGAACUGGGUCAAUAAUCAGCGCGUCAAGCUGGGAAAAUAUGUCAUCAACGAAGACGGUGAAUUCUACGACGACCACGAUUUGGUUGAACGCAUCGCCCUCGACCUGGGAUGCUCUCCCGAAACGGAGUUUGAACCAAAAGGAUUCAUUCAAAAGUUGUCGCCCUCUACAAAGGCCACGCGAAUACGACGGCUGAAUGAGGUUGGCUUUGUAUGGGACGCCCGAGAAGCCUCGUGGCAAGACAUGUACCAACGUCUGUUGGUGUAUAAAGAACAAAACAACGGUUCGACAAUGGUCCCUUUUGUACCCCAAGAUCACAGAAGCAAUAAUAAAAGCAGCGGUUCAACGGAACAACAAUCCGAGUCGCUGGGCGUUUGGGUUAAGGUCCAACGCCACAAGAAGCAACUGGGGGAAAUGUCCGAAAAGCGCCUGGUGCUGCUGAACGAAAUUGAAUUUGUUUGGGACCCCCAAGAAGCCCAGUGGGCCGAAAUGUUUGAUCGCCUUUGCAAAUACCAGAAAGAGAACAAUGGCUGUACAAGGGUGCCUCGCGCAUAUUCUCCCGAUCCCGAACUCGGGGCAUGGUUGAACACCAAUCGGCGGGCCUACAAGCGAAAGACGCUUCCACAAGAACGAAUCGAUCGGUUGGAUUCAAUUGGAUUUGUAUGGGAAAUACAAUGAUCAGUAACGGAGAGGAUAUAUCUAUCGAUCUAUAAGCCUCCUGAUAUUCCCAACAGAUAUAGUAUAGGACACGACAUGGAAUAUCCACAAUAGACAUAAUAUUACUUA